AUGGCUUCGGAAGCGGCAGCUGCGUCUCGCUCGAAAAAGCACACUAGAGACGAAUCUGAUGAGCAGCCACACAUCAGCGCUGAGGAACCUAGCUCCAAUGAUGACUCAAAAGUAGCAGCUCAGUACAAGGAGAAAUUCAGUGAGCUCAAUCUGUCUCCCGCUACAAUGAAGGCUGUUGAGAAGCUCGGAUUUACUAAGAUGACACAGGUGCAAUCCCGCACGAUCCCUCCGCUAUUGGCUGGUCGCGAUGUGCUGGGCGCAGCCAAAACAGGUUCAGGUAAAACUUUGGCAUUUUUGCUGCCUGCUAUUGAAAUGCUGCAUUCACUCAAAUUCAAGCCUCGUAACGGUACUGGUGUGAUUGUCAUCACCCCCACCCGUGAACUGGCCUUGCAAAUCUUUGGUGUUGCCAAGCAGCUCUUGGAAUUUCACUCCCAAACUUUCGGUAUCGUCAUCGGUGGUGCCAAUCGUCGUCAGGAAGCCGAUAAACUCGCUAAAGGUGUUAACUUGCUUAUCGCCACACCGGGCAGACUUCUGGACCAUCUACAAAACACACACGGAUUUGUAUUCACGAAUUUGCGCGCUUUGAUUAUCGACGAAGCGGACCGUAUUCUGGAAAUUGGGUUUGAAGAUGAAAUGCGUCAAAUUGUCAAAAUUCUUCCCAACCAAGACCGUCAAACCAUGCUCUUUUCUGCCACACAAACAACCAAAGUGGAAGAUCUGGCCCGUAUCUCGCUAAGGCCCGGUCCGCUAUUUAUCAACGUUGAUUCAGAAAAAGAGACAUCCACAGCAGAUGGUUUGGAACAAGGUUAUGUGGUCUGCGAAAGUGACAAGCGUUUUCUGCUGUUGUUUUCCUUCCUCAAGCGCAACCAGAAGAAGAAGAUCAUUGUCUUUUUGUCUUCAUGCAAUUCUGUCAAGUAUUACGCUGAGUUACUAAAUUACAUCGACCUGCCCGUUCUUGAAUUACAUGGAAAGCAAAAGCAGCAGAAGCGGACCAACACAUUUUUUGAGUUCUGCAACGCUGAUCGAGGCACUCUUGUCUGUACAGACGUUGCGGCCAGAGGCCUUGAUAUACCUUCCGUCGAUUGGAUUAUCCAGUUUGACCCACCUGAUGACCCAAGAGACUACAUUCACAGAGUUGGUAGAACGGCAAGGGGCUCUAAGGGUAAGGGUAAAUCAUUGAUGUUCUUAACUCCCAACGAACUCGGGUUCCUGCGCUAUUUGAAAGCGGCCAAGGUUCCACUAAACGAAUUCGAGUUUCCUACCAGCAAGAUUGCCAAUGUUCAGUCGCAGCUCGAAAAGUUGAUCAGAUCCAACUACCAUCUGCACCAAAUUGCCAAGGAUGGUUACAGGUCAUACUUGCAAGCAUAUGCAUCCCAUGGUCUUAAGACCGUUUACCAGAUUGACAAGCUGGACCUAGCAAAGGUGGCAAAGUCUUACGGCUUCCCAGUUCCACCAAAGGUAAAUAUCACUAUUGGAGCAUCUGGAAAGGCACCUCCUGCUAAGAAGCGUAAGGUCAGGAAUUGA